GUUGUUCUGUGAUCAGGAGGUAACAGACUCAAAAUCAUGAAUGGCUUCUUACAAAAAUGCAAGGUAAGGAUGUGUAUAAUAGUUCCUUGUGAUCGAGUUCUUCUCCAAAGUAAAAUUAAAGUUGAAAAGCUAUAUAUAUCCUAAUUAUCAAUUAAUCUAAACCUUCUACAUAUUAAAAAGUCUUCAUCAAUAGCAAUUUGUCCAUUUUCCAAUGUUUAAUAUUUUGUCCAUAUAUAAAAAGUUAUAUUGGACUACUAUGCUAUUUUUGCAAGGUGGAAGCCAACAUUGUUAACUUUAUAUUAAAGCAUUUCAUUGCAAUUCUUGACAUUUAAUCAACCUCACCUUAUCAAAAUAGUUCAAUUUCCUUCGUCUAAUAAUGUAAAUAUUUGAAUAAUGUCAUCUUCUAAAUGUCCAUUUGUGGGGGCAUUUAUGUUGAAAUCUUGAUUUACAAUUGAAAAGAAAUGGGGAUGUGAAUCAAACAAAAAGUUGAAAUGAUGAAAAAGUUUCAAGUAUUAAAUAUAAUAAUAAUAAAAAUAAAAAUACAUUUUCGUAUCGUUUUCCUACAAGAAAGGUACAUUUUCAUGAGGAAAACAGCUUACAAUGCGUAUAGAAGAUCUUCAUAUUGUCUCUCUCAUGCUAUAGUUUCUCUACCAGCAUUGAUCUUUCUUUCAUUUGCAUUUGCCGCGAUCACAUUCUGGGUUGUAGGUCUGGAUGGUGGAUUUUCCGGGUUCUUGUUCUAUUUCGCGAUAAUUCUAGCCUCAUUCUGGGCCGGGAACUCAUUCGUUACAUUCCUAUCCGGUGUAGUCCCUAGUGUCAUGUUAGGUUACACGAUUGUGGUCGCGAUCCUAGCCUACUUCCUCCUCUUCUCCGGGUUCUUCAUGAAUCGCGACCGGAUCCCACCUUAUUGGAUUUGGUUUCACUAUCUAUUUCUGGUGAAAUAUCCUUACGAAGCCGUUUUACAAAAUGAAUUUGAUGAUCCAACUAAGUGUUUUGUCAAAGGGAUUCAAAUGUUUGAUAAUUCACCACUUGGAAAUGUACCAAAUGCAUUGAAAGAAAAAUUGUUGAACACAAUGAGUAAC